ACUUGACACCAUGGCAGCCAACGACGUCGGCGACGAGUUCCGAUGGCUGCGCCACGUCUGCGCCGCCCCGAUGCUGCCGCUCGCCUACCACCUGCGCUGGCGCAGCGAGCUCACUGCAGAGUACACUUCGCCCGCCAUCUACGGCGUCGCUGGCGGCCUCAGUCUUCUCAGCACCGUCGCCCUGCACGCGGUGCUCCUCACGCUCCUUCAGCGCUGGGUAUACGACGACCUUGAGAUCCAACUGCGACAAGCAGCGACUGCCAAGAUGGGCCGUCGCGACUGGAAAGCUGCGAGCGAGGACUGGUCACGAAUCCUCCGCAUAAAUCCCUCGGACGCUGACGGCUUGAAGCAGCGCGGGCAGUGCUUCUUGCACCUUGGCGAAGCAGACAAGGCGACCUCGGACUUUGCACGAAGCUUGGCGCUCAAUCCCGCCGACAGCAUUCUCCAAGAGCAACUGAACAUACUCCGACCCAACCAGGUGCCAUCAUCGCCACCUCAACUUGGCGUCUGGAGCAAGGUCAUUGCGCCAUUCGCCUUGUUGAGCGUUGGGUCGCAGUCCACAUGGAGCACGCGCGUGCUCGUCCUGCUGCUUUUACCGAUCUUGCUCGCCUGUCUGCUGCUCCACGCACUUGUCCGAGGCGCCGUCAACGUCCUUCUCUCGUCCCUUCAUCUCGCGUGGCGAUCGGCUCGCGCUCUCCGACGACCGUCGAUGCCGCGGUGGCAAGAACACGAGCGAUCGCAGCUCGCAUCAGCGCACGCUUCCAUUACGUUUGUAUUCGCUGAGAUGAUCCCAUAUGCUGUCACCUAUCUCCGCGUCUCGUGCCUCGCGUGGUUGCUCUCAGCGAUGCUUUUCGCCGAACGAGUCGCAGGGCGCUGCUACGACGGUGUCUGGCGCUGCCUCCGCGUCAUAUGCCGACUUCGGCUCCGUCGACUUGGACAAAUCGUCCUGACAGUCGCCGAAGCGGCGUAUCCCCUUGUCGAUGCCGGCGUGGACAAUGUGCUCGAAGGGCUCGUCGCAAUCAAGCGCUGCAUCGAAGCUGCUAUCGCCUACGUCCAAGAGCUCGCCGUCGCUGCGUGGUAUUGGACGACAACCACAGUACUGUGCCUCGUCAAUACCCUCGUCAACCGCGCACAGGUGACACUCGCGUGGCUCGGCAACGUCAGCUAUCAUCUCUGCAUGCAUAUUGUCCUGCCACGGCUGCACUCGUUCGCCGUAGCCACGUGCACGGUCGUUGAAAGGAGCUUCGCAUGGCUCCAACAGGUUCUACGACAGCUCUACACUUUGUGCUGCGUCCUAGCUCGGAAGUUUGUCUCGGCAAUCUUGCGUGCGUACUACUUCGUCCUCUACCAAGUCGUCGACAUCACCUCGGCUGCGUUGCUCACGAUGGUUUACAAGCUCCACGCUCUUCUCGUCUUGACACGCGACAUCGUUCUGCGUCCGCUCGCACGUGCAAUGCGCAUCGCUGCCUGCUACGUCGGUCGCACCCUCCGGCAUGCUCUGUCCGCGACCGCCAAGUACGUUCAGCGACAGCUCUACAACACGUGGCGGAUUCUUCUUCGUGCCGUUGUGGCGCCAAUCUUGCGUGGCUACUACUGCCUCCUCUACCAGGCCAUCGACAGUGCCGCCGUCGUGCUUCUAGCAUCCGCAACCAAGCUCCGCGCUCUUUUCCUCUUCACACGCGACGUUCUAUUGCGUCCGCUUGGACGUGCGAUGCAACACGCUUUGCGCUACGUCGGCCGCGCCAUGCUUCGGGUGCUGACCAUCUUCGCCCGCCGUCUCCAGCGUCUCUUGAAGGCUAUCUCCACCGGGCUCGGACGUGUGUGGCGCUACCUGGUCCCUGUGGUCUUGCGAAAUCUCGACAAUUUUGUCGCCACCGGCCUUCGCAUUGCCGCCCGCUGCGUCCGUGCGUUCUGGCGUCUCUGGCGCGGACUGCACUACCUCGUUGUUGGGCUUCUCGACAUCGUCUUCCAGCUUCUCAUCGCGUGCAAGAAUGUAUGCACGUCGCCGCCCAUGAGGGCGCUGUAUGCAUCGGUGGCGGCGUUUCUUGCGACCGUCUACGCGUCAUUUUCGGCUUGCCUUGCAGCUGCUUACGCUGCGAUGUGGUCUGCGGGCGUCUGGGCUUCGACGGUCGCUGUAGCAACGUGGCAAGCGGUGAUGGCAAUAGUGCAAUCGGUGGUGCACGUGGCAUCGGUCAUUGUACAGCAGCUCAGCCACGUCGUCUUUGCCAUCGUUUCGGCGGCGACUCAAGUGGCUUACGACGUUGCAAAUGAAGUCCAGCGCAUGGUCUCUCUCGGAUCCAAGUCGCUCUAG